AUUUGUUAGAACUUAAGUGUUUUGCAUCAUUGAGGAUGAUUGUGGUCCAGAAUGUGGGACCCAGUUCCCCAGCAAGGAUUAGGAGACAGUGGGUGAAAAGGAUUCUGUGGGGCGUCCUCUUUGGGCUGAUGGUCCUUAUCUAUGGCUCUCAUGCACCGCUCAUCUCUCUCACCAAGGUAGACGGUCAAGUCCCCUUCAACCCCUCAUCAUGUGUUGUCAUGAUUGAGUUAUCCAAACUCCUGAUUUCUCUGGCGACUCUUGUUCUAACUGGGGGUACAUCCGCCUUACAUGCUCCUCCACCUCUCAUCCGUGUGGCCCCCUACGCAGUCCCUGCCAUACUCUACGCCAUCAACAACAACCUGGUGGUUCUAAUGCAGGCCUACAUGGACCCUAGCUCAUACCAAGUCCUCUCUAACCUGAAAAUUGCCUCCACGGCCCUGCUGUACUCCCUCUGCUUGGGCAAGAGGCUCCGUCCUUGUCAGUGGUUUGCUCUGGGGCUCCUCAUGUGUGCAGGGCUGUGCCACAGCUACAGCAGCCUGGAUCUAGAAGACCCUGAGAGGGCUGCAGCUGAUGAAGGUCCAAGGCUUUAUAUCACAGCUUGGGGGCUUUUCCUUGUGCUGGUGUACUGCUGUGUUUCAGGGCUGGCAGCAGUUUACACAGAGAGGGUCCUGAAGAGCCAGAAGCUGCCCCUCAGCUUGCAGAAUAUCUACCUCUAUGUGUUUGGUGUGGCCAUCAAUGGGCUCUCCUCCUUCUCCUUUGUAGCAGGUGAAAAGAGCUUUCUGGAGGGAUACUCGGGGGUGGUUUGGGCCAUUAUAGCGGGGCAGGCAGCCAACGGACUCCUGAUGUCUGUGGUGCUCAAGCACGGCAGCGGGAUCACCAGACUGUUUGUCAUUUCCUGCUCCAUGCUGGUGAAUGCUCUGUUGUCUUGGACCAUGUUAGGGCUGCAGCUCACACCUUCUUUCCUGCUUCCCGUUUCUAUGAUUGGACUGGCAGCUUACCUUUACUACCGAUAGUAAAUAACUGAACCACAAGGCGCAUUGAACUCAUUACAGCCUGUACUUUUGUUUCCUGGUUUUUCAGAUGUGAUUGGUUUUCUGCCUUUAUAUCUAUCUGCCUUCUGAAAUCCAGAAUCCAACACGUGUAUUUUUGAUGUGUAGCCAUUAGUGAACAUUUUGUCAGUUGAAGCAUAAUUUGACAAUUUUGCAUCGUCCUUUUAGAAUUAAAUUUUAUAAAUAUUUUUAAGGAUUCUUUUAUCUUCAGUUCAACAUUCCUGAAGAGUGCUGCUAUUGUCAUUUUGUUUUGGAUUUCAUUCUCUGCCAAGAACAAUGUCAACGAUAAUAUCAACGUGUUAUAAAGUGUGUUGAUGAUAAACAAUAAAUUGUCAAAAAGCG